GUUGUAGGUUUCCUGCUGCCUUUUUGUCUUCAAUCGUCUAUGUUGUUCCCCACCUUCUACCUGACAAGGCCAAAACUCGUUCUUGGAGACUCGAACAGAAUACCAUAAAUUCAUUGACCUGACACUUUCUGGAUCAAAGGAACUCGGGCUGGAAGGCUUUGACAAGACAGCCGACAAGUACUUCGAUAAAGGAUACGACAGAUUGCAUAAACACAGACAUAGAGACGACGACCGUCAGAGAGACAGCAACGGCAAAGACAAUAUGAGUGACCCACAAGGACGUGAUCGUGGCUACGACAACGAUUCAGACGACAGUUACAAUGAACGUCCAAGACGGAGACGCCCUCAAAGAGACGAUCGCGAUGACAAGAAACCACGACAAUACAACGAUCGUGAUGACCGCGACGACCGAGACGAGGAUAGAAAACCACGACGAUACUCCCCUCCAGGCCAAAGCUACCAUCCUCGCGCACCAGAUGCGCAACCCCAAUAUCAACCGUACCAACCACACGCAGCCUACCAACCAGGAAACACAAGGCAAAAGGACACCGUACCACCAAACCCUCCGUAUUACAAUGAUUCAUCCCGCCCCUCAUCCCGCGACUACACACCCACAUCCUCAUCCCGCGGCCCCCAACGCAAUGAACUAGCACGAUACUCCCGACCCAAAAGCCGCUCACCAUCACGGCAUCGUCGCCGCCGCUCUCCUUCUUCAUCUCGCUCGCGCUCUCGCUCCACAUCCCGAUCCCGCGACUUCACCGACUCCCCUCUGAUGGCACUCGACCGCACCCCUCUAGGCCUAGGCGCAGGUCUAGCGGGUGCCCUGCUCGGCGGCUACAUUGGCCGCGAAACUAGUGACAACCAUCGCCAUCAAAAGCGAAGUACGGCUCUGGGGGCCAUCAUCGGCGGAAUAGGAGCGAAUAUACUCGAGAACAGGGUCAGGAUAUAUCGAGAAGAGAUGAAAGAGGAACAGAGAGAGGCGAAAGUCAAGUGGGAGGCCAGACAUGGUAGCGAAGGAGGUGGAAAGGAGAGAAGAGGUAGGAGGGACGAGGACAGGUACUAGUGCGGAUAAGGGGCUGAUGUUCCCUCCUGCGAUCAUCUUCAGUUAAGUCCGGGCUGUGGAUAUGCACGAUGCUUUUCGUUUCACCGGAGCCGUCCACGGUAAAUGAGCUAUUGGAUGCAAUCUCACCGGACUCGACUCUGGCUCGAAACUCAUCGUGAAUUUCGAUCGCUACACGUGUGACAGGUAUUGGCGCAUGAAGAGGAACGGAUGAAUGAAGUAACGAUAUAAUGUUGAAGAGUUUCAAGGGGGGCCAGGGCAGAGUCUCAUUUUUUUUUUCCUCCUUAUAUGAUAAUGUAUCAUUAUUAGCAUCUGUAAGACAUCCGUGCAAAGACCUCCU